UGUACCUUUCAUUUCUUUCAUUUUAGUGUGAGAACCGUGCUUUGCGAAGUUUUGAAAGGUCUCAAAAGUUGUCAUGGCUGCCCCUCCGGAGCCUCCUGUGAACAACGACGCUUCUAGCGACGUCUUCACCGUGUUUAGCGGCUCUUCCCCGGAGGACGUGUCCCACGCUCGGAAACUCUGGAGCUCCUUGUGCAUGGUGCCUCCGCUAGAGUCUCGCCUGGUGUCGGCGGACAUCCCGCAGAGGUUACCGGUGUCCCGGCCGGAGCGAAACGUCCACUCGGAGCCUUCCCGCUCGGAGCCACCGAACCUGUUCGCCGUUCAGCAGCGGCAGGAGGAGCGGAAGAGGUACCUGUCCAUGGCCGCCCAGAGGAAGGAGACGCUGGCUCUGCUCAGAAGGCAGAGGGAGCAAAGGAUCCAGAAGGAGCUCCUGUCUGCGGCCUUCAAGCCCAAACCCCCCAAAGAAAAAGUGCCCAAAGAGAAGACCUGCGAGUUGGACAUUGACAAGGAGCUGGUCAGACAACUUGAAUGAACAAACCAGGUUAGAGGCCCUGAA